AUGGUUAAUACUAGUGUAGGAGUUAAACAUUCACAGUUUGCUAGGUGUAAUGGGUGCAAUGAGUGGGUUUUAUUUAGGACCUCGGAACUGGAAUGUACUUUUAAGGAAGCUGGUAAUGAAAAUGUGCAAUUUGUAUGCAGAAUUUUGUCCAAGAAACGUACAUACCUGAAUUUAUAUGUACAAUAUGGUUUUGACUUCAUUGUUGUGGAUGGUGUGGAGAAGCUUCAGUGUCUGCUGUGCUCAAAAGUUCUUGGAAAUGGGUCACUGAAACCUUCAAUAUUGAAACAGCAUCUGGAAGCUACACAUCCUGCCCAUGCAUCUGAUGACCGUGCUACAUUUGAGGCAAAGAGAGCUAAGUUUAGGGCUGCAGGAACACUGCCCAAACUUGGCUUCGUAUCUGAGAAGAAACCAAUGCUUGCAGCUUCCUAUCAUGUAGCGAUGCGAAUAGCAAAGGCAAAGAAACCUCAUGACAUAGCAAAGAAGCUGAUUAAACCUUGUGCCUUAGACAUGGUUGAACAUGUAUGUGGGAAUAAAGAAAAACAGAAGAUUCAAGCCAUUCCCCUUUCUAAUGGCACAAUUUAUCGGCGUAUUAUAGAAAUGUCGCAAGAUAUUUGUCAACAAGUUAUUGAACAGAUCAAAUCUAGCCCAGCAAAAAUGUCUUUGCAAUUUGAUGAAUCCUGUGAUGUAGCCAAUUUUUCACAUCUUCUUGUUUUUGUCCGUUACAUAUGUGGAAAAGAACUAAAAAAUGAAUUUCUCUUUUGUGAACCUCUCGAACAAACCACAAAGUCUAUUGAUAUAAUGCAGAAAAUACAAGACUUCUUUGAAAAGAACGAUCUCACAUGGGACAUUGUUGGUUCAAUCUGUACUGAUGAAGCUCCAGCCAUGAUGAGAGUGAGAUCAGGCUUCACUUCACUUGUGAAGCAAAAGGCACCCCAUGUGAUAACAACACAUUGUGUUCUUCACAGACAUGCAUUAGAUACAAAAACUCUUCCUGAAAAUCUGAAAAUUGUUUUGCAGAAAGUUGUUGAGGCUGUUAACUUCAUUCGAGCCCGAGCUUUGAAUCACCGUUUGUUCAAAGCUUUUUGUGAUAAGAUGGGCUCUGAGCAUUCCAUUCUUUUACUGCAUGCUGAUGUGAGGCGGCUUUCUCGUGGACUUAUGUUAAAUCGUGUGUUUGAGCUCCGUACUGGGUUAGAGUUUUUUCUUCGUGACCGGAAGUCAAAGCUGUGUGAAGACUUUGCUGACCCGAAGUUCAUUGCCUGUUUGGGGUACCUCUCAGAUAUAUUUACCCAUCUUAACCAGGUCAACAAACAACUCCAGAGAACGUCAGUAACCAUUGUUGAAGCAAGUGAAAAGAUGACAGCAUUGCAGACAAAGCUGGACUUAUGGGCACGGAGAGUUCAUCAAAGUAACUUUACAAAUUUUCCAAACUUGGAUGAGGAAAAAUCUGGAGAGUUACCUGAGAUAAAUGAAGACAUCACAGAAAAUUUGAAAAUCUUAAAGAAUCACUUCACUGGCUACUUUUCAAAAGACAUGAUUCCAACAGAGAGAUGGUUAAUAAGACCUUUUGUCACUGAACUGUCAGAAAUGAAAGAUGAUGACCCAGAAAUAGAGGAGCUGAUUGAUCUUCAAUCCUCAGCUACUCUUAGAGAAGAAUUUGAAAAGGUUGGUGUUAUUUUUUGGGUGAAACUCGCAGAUUCGUUCCCACUCCUUACUCAGCGUGCCUUCCAAGUGCUUGUUCCUUUUGUAACUACAGACUUAUGUGAAUCAGGGUUCUCAAGUUUAGUAGCAAUGAAGACAAAGGCCAGGAACCGAUUGAAAGCCGAUGACGAUAUGAGAGUAGCAUUGUCAUCAACAGCUCCUCGCAUAAACAAACUGAUUGACUCAAUGAAUCAGCAGUGUUCCUACUGA